UAUACCUGGAUAUAGCUCCUUACAUAAAAGGGCUAACACUUCAAUCUUACUAAUGUUUUAAGGAGCUAGAACUUAGCUACCUCUGACCUCCACAGCUUAAUUCCAGUCGGUAAAUCUCAUAAGCUAUCAGCUUAGUGAGCCCAGCAGUACACAGAGCUCCAGCACAGCCUGUGCCCCUUGGCAUUGAGGGUGGAGCACUCUCAAUAGCCUCUUCACAAGCUUAGGGAGCUUUUCUUAGUCAACAUAUGUAAGGGAAACACGAAGCCAGAGCCAUCAAGCCAGAGGCCAUAAUUUUGUGGGUCUCUGGUGUGAAAUGUCAGGUGCCAUAAGACAGCUGGGGAUGAGGCGUGCAAGUCUCUAUGACAACCUGAAGAUAGGGAGCCACCAAGAUUGCUGUCCAACUCCAGAGAAAGAGAUAACUGUUUUCCCUUUUGCACAAGGCAGCCUGAUUAAGCAGUGGAGCUCCAUGCAAAAUGUGACUGACGGGAACCAGGAGAAGAGCAACGCUCCUCCGCAACAGAACCGAUACUUCCUCAACAUCAAUGUUGGGGGCACAUCUUUUCGGAUUGCUUGCAAAGUGGCUGCUCGUUACCCCAUCACCAGAAUUGGGAAGCUGGCAAUCUACACAGACCCCAUGAAAAAACUGCAGCUCUGUGAUGACUACUCAGUGCAGAGGAAUGAAUACUACUUUGAUCGUGACCCCUUCGUUUUUUAUUACAUCUUCCAUUUUUACCAGAGCGGGGUCCUUUGGAUAAUGGAUGAGCUGUGCCCUGCAAACUUUGUGGAAGAAAUUGAAUAUUGGGGCAUUCAUCUGCGAUACUCCCAGCGGUGUUGCCGGAUCCUAUUUGAGGAGAAGCAGUCUGAGCUCAAUGAGUAUCUGAAAGUACAGAGGGAGCUGGAGGCAGAGCUUGAGCCCGCAGAGCGGGAGGAAGAAUUUGAGGGCAAGUGUCUGGGAGGGUUUCGGAAAGCUGUUUGGAACCUCAUUGAGAAUCCUUAUUCUUCCAUCCCUGCCAAGAUCAUUGCCAUCAUGUCCAGCUUGUUUGUGCUGAUCUCCAUUGUGAGCAUGACACUCAGCACAGUGGAGGAGAUGCAACACAAAACCGGAAAGGCAUGUAUGGAGCAGCUGGAGGCUGUCUGUGCUGUCUUCUUCACUUCUGAGUAUCUCAUGAAGCUCAUAUCAACAUCCAGCUUUCAGAAGUUCUUGCGAGCUGCAUUUAAUGCUGUCGACAUGCUGGCCAUCCUGCCCUUCUACAUCCAGAUUCUCUUUGAAUAUUUAACUGAAGGGGAUAUUCUCUACCAUGAGGAACUGCACAGAAUGAAGAGUGUGAGCAAGCUGGGGAAAGUCCUCAAACUCAUCAAACUCCUGAGGAUCUUCCGCAUCCUCAAACUGGCUCGCCACUCCACCGGCCUCCGAGCCUUUGGUUUCACCAUCCGCCAAUGCUAUCAACAGGUGUGCUGCCUCCUCCUCUUCAUUGCCAUGGGUGUUUUCACAUUCUCUGCUUUGAUGCACUCAGUGGAACAUGAUGUCCCAGGCACCAACUUCACCAGCAUCCCUGAUGCCUGGUGGUGGGCAGCGGUCAGCCUCUCCACAGUGGGCUAUGGAGACACCGUGCCUGACACAGUGCUGGGCAGGAUGGUGGCAUUUGGAUGCAUCUCCUUUGGCAUCAUUCUCAAUGGGAUGCCCAUUUCCAUUCUCUACAACAAGUUCUCUGAUUACUACGCCAAGCUGAAAGCCCAUGAGAAUGAGACUAGCCUCUCAGCCAAGCUUGGCAAGAAAAUUUGCUUUAAGGAGAGAGCCAUGAAGAAAUUGGCUGAGUGCUGUUGUGCUGAUACCCACAUCCACCACUGAAUAGCACAGCCAUGCCACUGAAACUCAUUACUCCGCCUGUCCAGGCAAUGUACCUUCCCUCCUCCAUGAAGUUGUGCCAUCCAGCACUUUUACCCAUACCUCCAGAGCCAUGUGACCUGGUUAUUACCCAGCAGACCACACAGCCUCACCCAUCAACCUGGCCACACUGGAACCAGCCUACUCAACUUCACUUCCCACUCACCAAGUGAUGAACCUAACUGUUCUACCCACCUACUUGGCCACACACCUGGCUCUUCGACCCCAGAAUGGGCACCCACCAAUCAGACCGCCAUGUCAUCUGAUUACCCCACCCUUAACCAAGUCACCUGAUCCCCCAGUGGGUGCAUCGACAUGUGCACUUUUCUGGAGAGUAGACUAAUUAGCUCUGCAGGAAAGCAUCACUGUCUACAUGUGUGCUGGUAUUAGGGCGCAGUAAACUAACUCUGCCAUAAGAUAGAACCGGCUGGGACAGAACUAUCUUAUGACAGAGUAAUUUGCUGCAUUGCAACACACAUGUAGAUGCUGACUGGCGGUGUAAAUUGCACCCAGUUGGCCUAUGCAGCUGGGGGCCUGCUCCGCCCCAGUUCAAAUUGCUGCUGUCCCAGGCACACAUAUAGACACUGCACCUGCAAGCAGUUUCCUCUAGUUCAAACAGCUCCAGGUUUAUUGCUCGCAUUAAUUCCUGUAUAGAUGCACCCAGUAAUUGCAAAUAUUAUUGCAGAUAUUCAAAAUCAUUCAAAACCCCUGACUAGGCCUGACCUCUUCAUCCACAAAGGCGUGCACACUCACUGAGGAGAAGUCUGUGAUGCAGGAACGAAUGAGUGUGAGCAGCAAGUUUCCAGUGCUCUGUGGUUAAAAAAAUCCAAUGCAGCUUUGGCAGUUUGCAGGAAUGAAGCAGAGACGUGGCUGCCACUCUUCAGUGACCCAUGUGGUACACUGUGUUCAGUCCAGGACACCACAUUACCAGGGAGCUACUGCUAAAGGGGCAAGAGCUCCUGGGUUACAAGGCUCGGGGAAACCAAGGCAGUGGUCACAUAAGGAACAUUUCAGCUUAAAAGACAAACCUUUGGAUAAUUAUGAGAGCUUGAAAUGCAGUGGUUGUGAGCAGUAUUAUUUUAAUAGCCAAGGAGUUAAUGGGGAACUCAGAAAGUCAGUGCCCUUAUACUAGCUCCUAAAUUACUGCAACCAAAGGACUCAAACCUGUCAUUUUUUAUAAAGAUCACCAAGUUCAGAACAUCAAGUGACAUCUGAAGAAAACAGGCUUGGGACUGAAGCAAGUUUGGCAACUACUGAUCCUUCCAGAUCAUGGCAUGUGCAUAACAGGCCACCCAGACCUUCAAUGCACAUAUCUACGCCGAAAUUUUUGGAGGAGUGGAGGCCAUCCAGAGUUUCUAUCCCAGCUUUAGGCCACUGAGACAGAAUCCAAAGACCAGACUAGGUGCAGACGUUUGGUGCCUCCAUGGCUGUAUUUUUGUACUGAACUGUGGUCCCCUGUGGGGAGGACAAGGAUUCCACCAUUGA